GAUUGGUCUGUCAUUUACGGUCGUGUUGUUUCGCGGUUAUGGGAGCAAAUAAUGUGACUCCACCUCCUUCUCAUCAGCCUGAAGAUCCUCACUCUCCUGUUGUUUUAUGCGUGCCGAGGGCUGGAACUAUCAAACACUCUAGAGAUGAGACGUCUAACCUGCAUCCAAAACUAGACAACUCAAAUAAGAAGCUUCGAUUGACUAACAAAAUGCCUGAAAAUCUUGGUUCACAAACUGACCACGCUGGCAGCAUUGAUACUAGUCAUUUGGAAACCCAAAUUACCGAUGAGGCAACCAAUAUCGAGACAUCUAGAGAGCAACUCUUCAUUGCCCGGAUACAGACCCUCGAAGCGGAACAGACCAAAAACAAGGCCAGGUUACAGGAGGCAGAGACUCGUUUUAACUAUAUUUGUGGUCGUCGGAAUAAAUAUUAUACUGACACAGUACGGUUGGAAGUGGAGGUUAACAAGUUGAAAUUGAAGGUCAAGGAGCUAGAGAUGAACUCAAAAGAUGAGGCAGAGAUGCGGAAGACGUUGGAGAAGAAAAUACAGGAAGAUAGUACAAAGCUCAGUGAAUAUGAGCUUACAGAUGAUCGGCAGAGGCUAGCAGUUGAAUUUCACACUGUGCGUGCUCGAAAAACAAGCCAUCUUCUCCAGCAGGCCCUCACGUCGUUGCAAGAGGGGCCUGCAUCAUAGAUACUAUCACAAAAUAUAUUCAAUUGGGCCAUGUAUGAGCGUCGUAUGGAGAGUGCAUAAUGAACAUAAUUGGCUGUAUUUGCAUUAUACUGAUGGGUAUCCUGAACUAACUUGGCAUUAAGUAUAUCCCCUGUAUGAUACAGCAUGAUAGAAAUACUGUUAUACAUAUUAUACCCUUCAUACAUCGAGGAACUUGCUGAUGCAUUUGCAUCAUAUUUAUUCCCUUUGGGUAGCUUCAAUUAUCAUAUGAUGAUGAUUGCAUACAGGAUCGAAGUAAAAGUUCACUUCGCCCAUGGAAUGAGGAGGAACAACAUCU